CCGGUGAAAGGUUUUUUUUUUCUGAAGCUGUUGACGUACCCGGCAGCGCGCUGACGUCAGAGGGCGUGUCCACACAAAGGACAGAGGGAGUCCACAAUGGGAGACAGUUUCCACGCGCAGCUGCUGGAGGACAGCUCGUUCCUCAGAUCUGACCUCAGGCUGGACACUGAGCGGGUGGACAAACUCAUCCUGCAGCUCAACAGGAUCUACCCCCAGAUCCUCACUGACAAAGAGGCCACCAGAUUCCGAAACUUGGACGUGCCCACCAGUGUCAGACUGGGUGAGCUCCUGACAGACCUCCAGGGGAAAGGCGAGGAGGCCUGCAGGGAGUUUUACAGAGCCCUCCACCUGCAUGUGGAGGAGUUGUACUACAGCCUGCCCACACGACUCCGACUGAGAGAUUCACUGGAUCCACUUGCAAAUCCACGAGUCUACCAACAGAGACAUGAUAUGAACGACAGAGGUCCCCUCUUCUUUCUGGGCUGUUUCAGUGUUGCCGUGGGAAUGGCUUUACUUUAUUACUACAGUGAAGCUAAAGUGUCAGGAGGCAGUCGGGCCCUGGGGAUGGCUGCUCUGGGUUUGAAAAAAAAAGCUCAGGAGGUUCUCAUUUGGUACACGGAAGACAGCCGCAUGAUUUAGGAGGUGACUCCUUCUCUCCAGGUGCUUCAGCAGUUCUGCUCUAAUGAAUUACAUUCACCAAAGCCUAGUACACUUUAUUUUACUUUCAUAAGUUUUAUGCACAAAUGUACAGAUUGUUGUGUGACAGUCGGCACUUUGCUCUUCUUUCCGUCUAUGUCUGUUUAAAUAAGUUGUCAGAAAAAAUGCAAGGAGAGGAAUCCAUUCAUCACAACUUCCAGCUUCAAAUGUGGUGUGAAGCAGACAGAUAUUUCACAUUAUGAUUGUACUGGUGAAAUAAUCAGACAUCAAACUAGUUUAAUACUAUUAUAGUACAUUUUACUCCAUUAACAUUUUACUCUUGUGUCACUACAAAUAAGCCUCGGUGCAUUCUGGUCUUGUGACUGAGACCAGACUUUUUUCCAGUGUGGUCGCCAUCUUGUGGUCAGAUGAGGAGCUUACAGUAAAGAGCUCGUCGCCGCCCCGCUGUUAGUCUCUCUUCAUUCACAAAGUUAACAACACACACACACACAGAAACACCAUCGAGCAGUGGGCGGAUACAUGGUUCGCGUGAAUUCCUGUAAACUUCGCAGUCACGUGGGUCCCGCCAACCAAUGACAUCUCGCUCUGCCGUCGCAGUGCAUUGUGGGUAGCGCGUCGAGCAAAAAAAACCACAAUAAAUCCGUCGAAACAUUGUUAUAAUGAAAGUCUAAAUAUCCAGUAGUACGUAAAAGCAAACGUUAUCCAGUUGUAGGUGACAGAAUCAACGAGAAAAAAGCAGCACCAUAAGUGAGGAUAGCUUGUGUAACCCGUCUGUAUAAGUAGUGCUGCGGUGCCCUGCAGUGAGUGUGUUGUAUGAAAGGAGAGAAGGUUAGCACUCCCCUUGACAAGGAUGGAAGAGGCCCCUGUGGCCUUCAACACACAUACGGUUAAGGCACUGCCACCUACUUCGUGGCAUCUCUAACCAAGUUUUUUUUUUAUCUCUCUUCCUCUCUGGCCACUGACAUGUUGAACUGACGUCCCACUGUGUUACAUUUUAACUGCACGGGUUCACUCCAGCCAAACCUGCCGUUCUCACCCCGUCCUUUUAAAACAGGAAAUUGUUUCCCCCUGUCUGUGUUUCCGCUGCGUCAGCUCAGGAGGUAAACUGGUCUUUUUGUCCGGUCGGCCUCUGGAAGCAUUUAACCCGACCGCUGAUCACACGAAGGAUCGCUGCAGUUUAUCUCCCCCAGUGAUUAACCUCAGUGUGUGAGAGGGUUAAUCACAGUACAUUUAAAUCUUGAUUAUAUUUUGCAUCCUCUGCUGUGGAUAUUGGUUCUUAUUGUGCUUUUUCUUUUCUAGGUUAGUAAGUUUGUUGAUAAACCUUUUUAAACUCAAACAAGGGCAAGCAAAUGAAUUAGCACCUAAUUGUUGAUAAAUAACAUUGGUUGAUAUUUCUCAGGCCGUUUGUAAACAAUUUGAUUCCAACAGAGUUUUUUAGCUUGUACCCGUAACUGUCACAUUGGUGCUUUCUCCGUCUAUGUGAUGCAGCUUAAUCUUCAGGAGUUUAAUAUCAGAAACACUUUAAAGACAUUUUUGCAGCUUGUUCGGUAAAACCUGUAAAAUAAUUAUAAAAGGAAAUAUUGAUGUGUGUGUACUAAGCAGUGCCUGACAGUUUGUCACAUCCAGUGUGUUUUGUCAUGUAAGAAAAUGCCUUAAAUUUAGAAGUGCCAUCAAUUGUUUGAUUUGCGACUUUUGUCUUUGUACAAUAAAAACAUGCAUGGUAAUAAUACACAGAA